GGGAGCCUGAGGGAUAUAAGGCACAACGCGCACAGAGGCUCGGUCCACAUCAGGGUCCAAAGGAGCGAUGGUCACCCGGGAUCGAGCCGAGAAUAGGGACGGCACCAAGAUGCUGAAGCCGCUUGUGGAGAAGCGGCGCCGAGAUCGCAUCAACCGCAGCCUGGAAGAGCUGAGGCUGCUGCUGCUGGAGCGCACCCGGGACCAGAACCUCCGGAACCCGAAACUGGAGAAAGCAGAGAUACUGGAGUUCGCCGUGGGCUACUUGAGGGAGCGAAGCCGGGUGGAGCCCCCGGCCGCCGCGGCUCCAGGGGUCUCCCGGUCCCCAGCCCAGGACGCCGAGGCGCUCGCCAGCUGCUACUUGUCCGGAUUCCGCGAGUGCCUGCUUCGCCUGGCGGCCUUCGCGCACGACGCCAGCCCAGCAGCCCGUGCCCAGCUCUUCUCUGCUCUGCACAUCUACCUGCGCCCCAAGCCGCCCCGGCAGGAACCCGUAGAUCCGAGGCCCCAAGCCGCGCGCCCACCGCUGGACCCCGCCGCCCCGGCGCCUGGCCCCGCGCCGCACCAGCGCCCCCCAGUGCACCAGGGCUGCUCUAGCCCUCGCUGUGCCUGGUCCCCGUCCCCUUGCUCCCCCCGCGCCGGGGAUUCCGGCGAGCCGGCGCCCCUCACCGGACUGCUCCCGCCUCCUCCGCCGCCUCACAGACAAGAUGGGGCGCCCAAGGCCCCGCCGCCCCCGCCGCCCUCUUUCUGGAGACCUUGGCCCUAA